AUGCGUUCCUUCGCCGUUGUUGCUGGCUUCGCCGCCGUUGCCCUUGCUGCUCCUGCCUACGAUACCUACCCCGAGUCCUCCGCUGCUGCUGGCUACCCUGCCAGCUCCGCUCCCGCUGGCUACCCUGCUAGCUCCAUGCCUGCCAGCUCCGCUCCUGCUGGUUACCCUGCCAGCUCCAUGCCUGCUGGCUACCCCGCCAGCUCCAUGCCUGCUGUCACCACCACCGAGGUCAUGGCUACUGGUUACCCUGCCAGCACGCCUGCUGCUGUCACCACCACCGAGGUCAUCUCCGCUACCACCUAC